GAGGAGGUGGAUGGGGCCUUUUACAACACGACGUAUCUUUUUGAAACCGGAUGUUUAACUGUGUCGUUUUGGACCUGUUUGAACUAAAUCUCUACGUUUGCAUUAUUUGAAGUGGAAAAAUGCUAUCUAUAUUCAAAUCCAUUCCGACACAUAUGGAUUAUAAGGGUCAAAAGCUGGCUGAACAGAUUUUCCAAGGGAUAAUACUCGUCUCUGCGGUAAUUGGAUUUGUGUAUGGUCUGAUCAUUGAACAGUUUGGGUGGACUGUGUACAUAGUUUUGGCUGGUUUUGCUGUGUCCUGUGUGCUGACUCUGCCUCCAUGGCCCAUGUAUAGAAAGAACCCUCUGUCAUGGCAGCCACUUGUACCAGAGAGCAGUGGUGAAUCCAGCCAAAAACCUCAGGAAAGUAUCAAAAAGAAGAAGCACAAGUAACUCACAACUACCUGCCUGCUUUUUGUAUUGGAGAUCAUUUAGAUUUUUGUUCUACAGUUAACAUUUGAAUCAAUUGGAAAGUAAGUUUAGAGCGUUAGUUAUGGAAGUAUACAUGUGUUCUGUCAAUAAACAAAAACUACAUUCA